ACGACCCGGGAUCCGAGUGGGAGGAAAGACGUUUCCCGCCGGCGGGAGCUGCGGUUGUGGCGGCUUGCGGAGCUCAGACCAUGGCGGACCAGCUUUACCUGGAAAAUAUAGACGAGUUCGUCACGGACCAGAACAAGAUCGUGACAUACAAAUGGCUGAGCUAUACACUAGGAGUUCAUGUUAACCAGGCCAAACAGAUGCUGUAUGAUUAUGUUGAAAGGAAGCGAAAGGAAAAUUCAGGAGCCCAACUGCAUGUCACCUACUUAGUGUCUGGCAGUCUUGUUCAGAAUGGACAUUUGUGCCACAAGGUUGCAGUAGUGAGAGAAGAUAAAUUGGAAGCAGUGAAGUCCAAGCUAGCUGUGACUGCCAGCGUCCAUGUGUACAGCAUCCAGAAAGCCAUGCUAAAGGACAGUGGGCCUCUGUUCAAUACCGACUAUGACAUCCUUAAAAGCAACUUGCAGAACUGCAGCAAGUUUAGUGCCAUACAGUGUGCAGCUGCAGUUCCUAGAGCUUCUGCUGAAACCUCAUCUUCUGAAAAAUUUGACCAGUCAAAUCUUCAGGUAUCAAGUGAGACACAAGCCAAUAGUGAGUUGACCACCAAUGGUCAUGGCCCACCUACUUCCAAACAGAUUUCCCACCAACCUAAAGGAAUUAUGGGAAUGUUUGCCUCUAAAGCUGCUUCUAAAAACCAAGAUACCAACAAAGAAACCAAAACGGAAGCUAAAGAGGUAACAAAUGCAUCUUCAGUAGGCAACAAGGCACCAGGGAAAGGGAAUGUGAUGAGCAAUUUUUUUGGAAAAGCUGCUAUGAAUAAACUUAAAGUCAACUUGGAUUCAGAACAAGAAGUGAAAGAAGAAAAAGUAGUGGAACAACCUCUACUGUCUGUCACUGAACCAAAGCUGGCAGCCCCUGCAGGUCUGAAGAAACCCAGCAAAAAAGCAGAGCCUAUUAAGAUGCAGCAGAAGGAGAGAAAAAGGGGGAAGCGAGUAGAGUUCUCUGAUGAUGAGACAAAAGAAACUGUAAACGUGAAGAAAAAGAGGAGAAGACUUAAACUUCCUGAGUCUGAUAGCAGUGAGGAUGAAGUCCUACCAGAUUCUCCUGGGGUUUAUGAAGCUGAGUCACCAUCCCCACCACCUCCUGCAUCUCCACCUCCUGAACCAGCGACUGAGCCAGAGCCUCCUUCUGUCAAGAGCUUAAGUGGAGAAAACAAAAGAAAACGAAAGCGGGUGAUGAAAUCUAAAACCUUUGUGGAUGAGGAAGGCUGCAUAGUGACUGAAAAAGUCUUCGAGAGUGAAUCCUGCACAGAUAGUGAAGAAGAACUUAAGAUGAAGACAUCUUCCAUACACAGACCCCCAGCAAUGACUGUGAAAAAAGAACCCAAAGAGGAACGAAAGGGCCCCAAGAAAGGGACUGCUGCUCUGGGCAAAGCCAAUAGACAAGUGUCCAUUACUGGCUUCUUCCAGAGGAAAUGAACUGCUGUCUCUGUAGGUCAGAGAUGUGGAUGGUCAGGGAGACGACCAAGACAUACAGACUCUCACUUACUGUGUAAGUUCAUCCAGCGCCUCACCUCACCUAUGUCAGAAGACUGUUCUUCCAUCUUGAAAGGUUUAUACUACUGGCUUUUAACCAAAAAGAAAUCACCUGGAAGCAAGAGGCAAAAGAAUAUUUAAAAAGCUGUUACCUUCUAAUGACAUUUUUAAAGCACAAUCUUUGACCUGUCCAGGAGAAGAAUUUCUCAAAAAAAAAAAAAAAAGGAACAGGUUUCAGAAUUAUCAUUAUCACUGAAGCCAUUUAGUGGCUAAUCCACUGCACCCGACCUACCUUGUGCCCUGAUGCACUUACGGCUCAGGGAGUAUUCCUCUGUGUUCCUUUGUAUUCCAUGGACUUGUGUGGGUAUUUUUUUUAUCCCUGAAUUUUACUGGAUGUGUUUACCACUCCCCUUAUCAUCCCUUCCCCACUAACACAGUUCUGUGUGAAGCCGUGUUCUGUAAGUCUUUUAAAUCGUGGUUGGACUGAGGCUGAAACAGAAAUCUCCCUGUAAUCCUCUUUUCCUCCAUUAUAAAGUACACUGACACCUGGCUGCA